UGCUACAGAGCCGGGCGGACGCGCGGGCCUUGCGCUGCUGGAGCGGACGGCCACGGAGGACACUAGGGCCGACGGAGAGCUUGGCCUCUCGACCGCGCGCCUCGGAGGCGCCAGCCCCUCCCCAGUGGCGCUCGGCGGCCGCCACCCCGAGACUCGCCGUGAGUCAGGCCUAAGUCGCCGCGCCGCGGGCGUCCGGGCCGCUCGGAGCCGUCGGGUCGGGCCGGGCCGUGUCGGGACGAGCCCCGGGCAGGUGCAGCCCCAGGGCCCCGGCUGACCAGCCACCCUCCCGCGGACCGCGGGCUGAGGUCGGCGGACUCUCCGGAACCCCGCGGCCGGACCGGGUCCCGCCCCGCCCUCCCUGGAGACCCCGCGCCCAGUCGGCUGGCGCGGGAGGGAGCGCGGGGCCGGCAAACUUUGCUUUCCAUUGUGGUUUCUAAGCGUGGCGUGCGAAGAAUCCGUGUGCGGAGGAAAAAUGUCCUUCUUCAAUUUCCGUAAGAUCUUCAAGUUGGGUAGCGAGAAGAAGAAGAAGCAGUACGAGCACGUUAAGAGGGACCUGAACCCCGAGGAGUUUUGGGAGAUUAUUGGAGAACUGGGCGACGGAGCGUUCGGGAAAGUGUACAAGGCUCAAAACAAGGAGACCAAUGUUUUAGCUGCUGCAAAGGUGAUUGACACCAAGUCUGAGGAAGAGCUUGAAGAUUACAUGGUUGAGAUUGAUAUAUUAGCAUCUUGUGAUCACCCGAACAUAGUCAAGCUUCUAGAUGCUUUCUAUUAUGAGAACAACCUCUGGAUCCUCAUUGAAUUUUGUGCAGGUGGAGCAGUAGAUGCUGUGAUGCUUGAACUGGAGAGACCUUUAACUGAGUCCCAAAUACAAGUAGUUUGCAAGCAGACUUUAGAGGCACUGAAUUAUUUACAUGAUAAUAAAAUCAUCCACAGAGACCUCAAAGCUGGCAACAUUCUCUUUACCUUAGAUGGAGAUAUUAAGUUGGCCGAUUUUGGAGUAUCAGCUAAAAACACGAGGACAAUUCAGAGAAGGGAUUCCUUUAUUGGCACACCAUAUUGGAUGGCCCCUGAGGUGGUCAUGUGUGAGACAUCAAAGGACAGACCGUAUGACUACAAAGCUGACGUAUGGUCCCUGGGCAUCACUUUAAUAGAAAUGGCUGAGAUAGAACCACCGCAUCAUGAGUUAAAUCCAAUGCGAGUGCUGCUAAAAAUAGCAAAAUCCGAGCCCCCGACGCUAGCACAGCCGUCUAGAUGGUCUUCAAAUUUUAAGGAUUUUCUAAAGAAAUGCUUAGAAAAGAAUGUGGAUGCCAGGUGGACCACAUCUCAACUACUACAGCAUCCCUUUGUGACUAUUGAUUCCAACAAACCAAUCCGAGAGCUGAUUGCAGAGGCAAAGGCUGAAGUAACCGAAGAAGUUGAAGAUGGCAAAGAGGAAGAUGAUGACGAGGAAAUAGAAAAUUCUCUGCCGAUACCUACAAAUAAGCGUGCCUCCUCUGACCUUAGUAUUGCCAGCUCUGAGGAAGAUAAACUUUCACAAAAUGCUUGUAUUUUGGAAUCUGUCUCAGAAAAAACAGAACACAAUGCUUCUGGAGAUAAAUUUAGCACCAAAGUGCUUAAUGAAAAGCCUUGCCCUGGUGAACCUGAGAAUGCUGUGGAGCUUGUUGGUGGAGCUGUGGCUGUGCUCCCUGACAGAGCUACAGAGCUCCCGGAAAGUGGAAGAGAGGAAAAGCGGCCCAAGCUCGAUCGCCUGCCUGACACAGAAGACCAGGAAAUGGCAGACAUUAAUUCAGUCAGUGAAGGAGAAGAGGAUCAUGCAGUCACUUCAGAAACAAAUAUUGAACAUAAUUUGAAACCUGAGAAAGAAAGAGAUCAGGAAAAGCAACCAGUACUUGAAAAUAAACUUGUAAAAUCUGAAGACACCACUAUUCAGACCGUGGAUUUAGUAUCUCAGGAGACUGGAGAAAAAGAGGUGGAUAUUCAUAUACUUGACAGUGAAGUUGUACAUGCAGUGGAAGACACACAUGAAAAACUGAGAAAGGAUGAUACAACUCAGAAAGACGUGAUCAGUGAUACAAGCAGUGUGGGAGAAAGAGAUGAAGAAAUAGGUGCUGUGCCGAAAACAGCUGAGAGCAGCGCUGAGGGUGCUCAGGGUGAUGGUGGGAAAGAAACGGAUGAAGGAGCCCAGAUAUUAAUAAGUAAGGCCACAGAGGGUCCCAAGGCUAGUGGCACUGAAGAGGCUCCUCCCGUUACAGAAAUCACAGAGACUAAUGACACGGAUCAAAAACUCGUGGAAAAUACACAUGAGAAACAAUUACCCAUCAGUUCAGAGACCACACUGGACACCAGCGAGGGACUGGGGGCGAGUGAAGGUCGGGAAGUUACCGAGUCAGGUAGCACUGAGGAAGUGGAAGUAGAAGGUGCUGUGAGUGAGACUGAUGAAGAGGACGUGCAGAGUGAAACUCGAGGUGCUCCCAUGGCUGUUACUCAGAUGGAUACAGAGAAGAACGAAACCCCGCAUGAAGCGCCAGCCCAAGUGGAAGUUCAGGUUCCUGUCCCUCCGCAGCCCAGUGAGCCUCCGCCUGCUCCAAUUCCCAGUAUUAAUAUCAACUCAGAAGCUGCAGAAAAUAAAGGAGAAAUGGGCGCUUCAUUAAACACUGAAACCAUCCUGCUGCCAGAAUCUGAGAGUCAAAAGGAAAAUGAUACUGAUUCAGGCACUGGUUCCACUGCUGAUAAUAGCAGCAUUGACUUGAAUUUAUCUAUCUCUAGCUUCCUAAGUAAAACUAAAGACAAUGGGUCAAUAUCUUUACAAGAAACAAGAAGACAGAAGAAAACAUUGAAGAAAACACGCAAAUUUAUUGUCGAUGGUGUAGAAGUGAGUGUCACGACGUCAAAGAUAGUUACAGACAGUGAUUCUAAAACUGAAGAGUUGAGGUUUCUAAGGCGUCAGGAACUUCGAGAAUUAAGAUUUCUUCAAAAAGAAGAGCAAAGAGCCCAACAACAGCUCAACGGCAAACUACAGCAACAACGAGAACAAAUUUUCCGGCGCUUUGAGCAAGAAAUGAUGAGUAAAAAGCGACAAUAUGACCAAGAAAUUGAGAAUCUAGAAAAGCAGCAGAAACAGACUAUUGAACGACUAGAACAAGAGCACACAAAUCGCUUGCGAGAUGAAGCCAAGCGCAUUAAAGGAGAACAAGAAAAAGAACUGUCCAAAUUUCAGAAUAUAUUAAAGAAUCGGAAGAAAGAGGAACAAGAUUUUGUUCAGAAGCAACAACAAGAAUUAGAUGGCUCCCUUAAAAAGAUCAUCCAACAACAGAAGGCAGAAUUGGCCAACAUUGAGAGGGAGUGCCUGAAUAACAAACAGCAGCUCAUGAGAGCUCGAGAAGCUGCAAUUUGGGAGCUUGAAGAAAGACACUUACAAGAAAAGCACCAGCUACUCAAACAGCAACUCAAGGACCAGUACUUCAUGCAACGGCAUCAGCUACUUAAGCGCCACGAGAAGGAAACAGAACAAAUGCAGCGUUAUAAUCAGCGUCUCAUUGAGGAACUGAAAAACCGACAAACUCAGGAAAGAGCGAGACUGCCCAAGAUUCAGCGCAGUGAAGCCAAGACGCGAAUGGCCAUGUUUAAGAAAAGUUUGAGAAUCAACUCAACAGCCACACCAGAUCAGGAUCGUGACAAAAUUAAACAGUUCUCUGCACAAGAGGAAAAGAGGCAGAAAAAUGAGAGAAUGGCGCAGCAUCAGAAACAUGAGAAUCAGAUGCGGGACCUGCAGCUGCAGUGUGAAGCCAAUGUCCGGGAGCUGCAUCAGUUACAGAAUGAAAAAUGCCACCUGUUGGUUGAGCAUGAGACUCAGAAACUCAAGGAGUUAGAUGAGGAACACAGCCAAGAAUUAAAGGAAUGGAGAGAAAAACUGAGGCCUCGGAAGAAGACACUAGAAGAAGAGUUUGCCCGGAAACUACAGGAACAAGAAGUGUUCUUUAAAAUGACUGGAGAGUCAGAAUGCCUUAACCCUUCCACACAGAGCCGGAUUUCCAAAUUCUAUCCUAUUCCUAGCUUGCAUUCCACUGGAUCCUAAUGGUGGAAAUACUCUGUUGGGUUCAGCGUUUUAAAUAUGUCAUUUUGUUCUCUUCAUCUUCUGCCACAGUCCAUAUCAAAUAGCUCACAAAGACAAUCACCUCACCCACCUUCUAGGUGGCUUUUUGUUUUGUUUUAAGAAAAAAUAAAGGGAAGAUAAACUAAGACAGAUGCCAGGCCAUGUUGGCAGAGUAGCAUCUUGCAGUAAUUCCCUAAGGUGAUUUUGUAUAUUAACCUUGAAAUUGUAUUCUUUAGACACUGUUACUGAAAAACUGUUAGAGAAAUAAUGUUUAAAGUUAUUUUAAAAAAUCUUGUUACAUCACUAAGUAUUAAUACCUUUUUACCUGACCUACCUUUUCAAUGAUGCCUAAAUUCUCUAGCUGGAACUUUGCUGUAAAGAAUUGGAAUAUUUUAGUAUAUCAGCACUCAUAAAAAAGCUAUGAGUUGCUCAAAAUAUGCUAUUGACUCAGUAAAUAAAAAUAUUUUAUCACUUAAUAGGAACAAACUCUUUAAAAAAAAAGAGGAAAAUUACUUCAGUAAUUUGUUUUACACAUUGCCUGAUUAGGCAGGCACUAAUAAUUGAGGUGCUGGUUUUAUUAAGAUAGUGCCUAAGUAGAUACGAAAUUUCAGUCACAUCCAAAGUAGGAUUUUCUUUUCAGUCACCAGGGACAAAACACCCUCAGCAUUAAACAUUACUGUUUUUAAAAAGUCUUGCUCCUGCUACCAUUUUCAUCCUAAAAUAAAUGCUGUACAAAGUUUGGGAUGAUGGGGAAAAAAGGUAUUUUAAAAUGUUCAAAAUGGAGAUGGGAAACUCAGUACAUUAGAAGCAAUAUAGAUUCAGCUGUCCUAGUUUAUUUUCUGAAAUAACACUUUGAGUAAAUGACUUCUGCAUCUUAGUAAAUUCUGUUCAUUUAAAGCUCUCAGAGGUCUAUAGAGUGAGUUAUAAAUAUAUUUUCUGAAAUUAAUCUCAGAAACAUUUAUUCCAAAUAGUUUUUUUAAAGAAAAGAUUUAAAUAUUUUAGCCACACAUCAUAAAUGACUUUUUGUUUUGAAAUGAAGAUACAUUUUAUUUUUAUUUUGUUCCUUGUUUAAAUUAUUCACUUUGAUUUGAGUGGGAAAAGCUUGAAACCUUUAUCAUAUGGUUGCUGAUAAAAAUAAUCAUUCAUGAAAUGUUCGCUCCUGGUCCCUUCGGAGCUUAGAAUGGGAACAGGAGUCAGGUAAGCAGUGUUAUAGACAGAGCUCUGGCGGGAGGCCGCCGGUCUGUGGUGGAGCCCAUCACCCGCUGCCUGCUGUCUGCAGUCUGUCCUCUUAGGAGUGCUGGGUACCAAAUUGUGAGUUUUUAGUUAUACUACUUUUGAGGCUGUUGAAAAAUGUAAAGGUAAUGUAAGACACUGAUUCAUAUUAAGAAAAUGUAAAUAAAUGCCUGUAGCACUUUCUUGCAGUUAAUUUGAAAACUUUGGAUGCUGACAUUUAUUUUGUCAGUGAUUUAGAUGAUUUAAAAAUGCAUGUGUAACUUUAAUUUUGUAAUUAUUUUGACAAGCAGAAUUUACUUGGAAAACUUUGUAGGUAGCCUUAACUUCUGGCCAGGUUUGUUUUUUUUAUAUAAAUAAAAAAAUAUAUAUAUAUACACACACACAUUAUGUAUGGUUGUAAAUUCAUACACUUCCCACAUAAUUGUGUAACUGUGUUACUGUCGACAAAACUCUUAAUGCUUUAUUCUCAACUGCUGGGUUGAAAACUGAAAGCCUUUUAAAAUAUGUAUCUUUAUAAAGUAAUAUUCAGGACGAUGAUGGAAACUGUUUAUAUUGUUAUGAUAAAAAGACAGUGUAAUGUUACCCAGUGUAUUUAAUGACUUAUGUGAAGAAGGAGAUGGGAGAAACACUCUUGUACCACUUUAUUGUUUGAAAUUUUUAGUUUAUUAGCUUUUUAAAAAUGAGUAUUUCAGCCAGUGGACAUUUUUUUUCGGUCAUUUAAAUAAUUUUGGAUGUAAUGUGAUCUGAUGAUUUGGUUUUUUCUGUUCCUUUCCAUUUAACAUGCAGAACAGUAAAUCCAGGAGAGGCUCAGAGCAGAGCUGUUUGCACACUGGUAAGUUUAUCAGCAGCUCUCAGGUCUCUGUCACCCUGCCCUGUGGAUUCUCUGUUCAUGCUUGAGUUCUUUUUGAAGAACUGUGUUCGUGUGAGUGCAAGACUACACAGGGAUUCAUAUGGAGAGUGGAAACUUUCCCAAUACUUCAGGUUGUAAAAUCUAUCCAAAGUGUCUUGUAGAAUACACUGUUUUGCCCCAUCUGCCUGCUUUUCCUAAGGCUAUAUAGCAAAUAGAUAAUAGUGACCUUCAUUUCUUGCAUGAGUAGAGGUGGGGGUGGACUGUGCACAGGCUUCUUUGAAGUGUACGCGUACUGUCAGUUCCAUUCCAGGUUAGGUUCUGUUGCUGCGGUGGCAGAAUGUGCCAUGAAGUACGUGAAAGGAAUUAUUUGUAUGUGUACCCCAAACAGCCCCUGCCCUCUGCCCAGCGUGCUGUGGACAUACCAGACCUCCACGCUUGUGUAGGCCCUGCUCCCAGAGCCCGGCACCCAGCUGCCUUCCCUGGUCCUGUCCGUCCAAAGCUGUGGAGUUACGAGCGAGCUCCGUCCCAGGCGGAGUCACGUGAAGUUCUUACCCUUUCGUAGUGCAGGCUGUGGGUGGGUGAGGGGGAAUUCAGAGUGCUUUUACUUUGCUGAGAAUAUUGGACCCUUCCUGUGCCAGGACACAGCAAAUUAUAGUUAAUAUAAACCAGAACCAAAGCUACCUCUAAGUAGUGUUUCCUCAAGCACAAAGCUCUCAGGCGUAUGUAGCCCUCUUUAAUGAGGGUCUCUGAUUUCUUGAGCAUCAUCAAGUUUAGAAGUGACUGGUUUUGUACUCUCCAUCCCCUUUCCACACUUUCCUUUUCUGGACUGUGCUUACGCGACUCUUCUGAGCAGCAGGACACAGUGAAACUAGUUAGAGAUACUGCGGAUUAAAGAAAACCUAGAACGACAGGGGAAGGAGAGUUCUGGUUCUAACAGUCACCCAAUGAAGUAAAUUAUGCUUUUCUGGGAAAUGCUGUUUUGUAGGAAAUGGGAUGAUAUUUUAAAUGUUUUCUUACAUCAAAAGCAUAAGAGUUGACGCCUUAAUGUUGCUCUUCUGUGGCUAACAGGGUUUCAGUGAUAUUCUCCUGUUCUGCCUUGAAACUUGGAAUAGCAAAUUUUACCUAAUAGUUUAAAUGUUGGCUGCAGCUUUUUGUGAUCCUUCGCAGUGUGAUAAGCUCACAAGCUAAACUUGCGGACAGAAUUUUGUUUCAGAUUAUGCUUCUUGUCUGUUUGGGAUCAAUACUGUCUUUUCAGUUAUGGAAUUGACAAAAAUAAAGUUAUUUCUUAAUCUA